AUCACUUCCGUCUUCGGCCGGCUGUCAGCUGAGAGGUAAAUCUCACACGCGUGAUCACAAAAGGGCGCGUGAUCAUGAGCAAGCAUAUCUCGAGGUAGACAGUCGUCUGCAUCAACGUCAAAGAGGACGACCUUCUGUUGGCCAGUGAUUUGACCGUGCCACAACGAAAUGGACAUCUUGCUUCGACCAGUCUGAUUACAUAAUGCCAAUGUAUUGUGUUUUCUAUAGAGCCCAGACGAUCGGCGCGUGCCAACUGCAGCUUUAGUGAGGUGCCCUUAAUUAGUCGCGAUAAGAUAAACUGCUAACUCAGACAAGAUGGCCGGACAGUCCUUGCUGAAGAAGUUGACACCAACCACAACCAAAAAAGGCAUCCCGAAACUGUUUCACGAGCCUCAUGUGGAAACAGGCUUCCGACACAUGCAUCAACCCUGGACCUACUACUGCCUCAGCUUUCUCCAGAUCCACAACGAAUGUAUGAACUGUUGGACACAUCUGCUGGCCCUCAUCGUAACAUUGGUACGAGUCGGAAUCUUCUGGAAGGAGUUCGACCUCAUCGGUGACCAGUACAUGUGGCCAUUGUCUGCCGGUCUCAUUACCAUGGUGAUAUUAUACAUCUGCAGUACAUGUGCGCAUUGUUUUUCAAACAAAUCAGAACUUAUCCAUUAUACGUGUUUCAUGGUCGACUAUGCGGGUAUUGGACUUUAUGGGCUCGGGAGCGUGAUCCUCCAUCAUUCUUAUUGCUUUCAUGACAGUCUUCUGAACAGUGCGUUGGACGUGUACUCUGUUCUCAUUGGUGUCUUUUUGAGCAUUUUGGUUUGUGUUUGUUGUUCAAUUUCUAAAACACGUUACUCCCGUCCAUAUCCUUUCGCACGUCGGAUAUGGCAGCUGAGUUCGGUGUUUGCUGUGUAUAUCUGGCUGAUAUUUCCGGUGUGGCAUCGCGUCAUGCUGUACAUGAUGGGCCAGGAACCAUGGGACGACGGCAUGGGGCAUCAUAUUCAGCAAAUGAUGUGGUUCUUCUCUGGCGGGUUCUUUUUCGGGUCAGAUAUUCCACAACGGUUGUUUCCGGGUAAAUUUGAUUUCUUAGGUCACAGCCAUCAGAUCUUCCAUGUUUGCAUAAUGAUGACCUCGUACAAGCAGCUUGAUGGUGUCUAUCAAGAUAUUUUACGAAUGAAGCUCUCAGGAAGUUUGAAGAAGUUGCCCCCACCAACUUUCAACAGUACCUUUGGAGCAGUUUUGUUUGUGAUAUGUGCGAAUCUUAUCAGCGUGUGCAUCUUCAGGAAAAUUGCUGACUGGAAAAUUAGGAGUGAUCGAGAAACAGAAAAGGCAGUCAAGAAUGGAAAUGGAAAAUGUUUGUAAAAGUCAAAAAGAAAUUGUUAUUUUAUAGAUUUGAAAAAUAGUGUUUGCAUAGAUCUUUCUUUGAAAAGUUGGUAGGUGUAAUUGUGAAGUUGUACUUUAGAAAAAGGAUAGUGUUUAUUUUCGAAUUUGUUUUGGAAGUGUUUAAAGCCUUGUGCCAUCUGAGACAGGCAAGGAUUUUGAUAGAACACUUUUGUGUUCUAUCAUUACUGAAGAUACGUAGGUCUGUAUCUAUUCAGAUUGUUUAUUACUGUAUACUUAAUGAAUUGCUUGAAUGAUUUGCUGUGAAUUACUUUGAAGUGAUAAUUGUGAAUGAAUGCUAUGUAUUAUAGUGUUUUUAUUGUAGUCAGUUUUCUGAGAGAAUGUAUCAUUACAGAUCCAUGUGUAAGUACAGGCUGAAAAAGAAAUUCUCUCUAUGCUUGAACAUUUGUUAACUUAUCCAAGAUUGUUAAUAUUAGGUUUGUAGCGCUCACAUUAUUUCUAACAUGGUGUUCAGAAGUCACACAGAUCUACCAGUAAUAUUACUCAGUUUAUGAUGAAGAUGUGGUUAUGGGUAAUUUCAAAUUCCUGACAUAACAAUUUCUUCCAGUCCCCGCUGUAUUUCGCAAUUCUGCAGUCACAGAAUGCUUUGCAGAAAAGCCCACUCAGUGCAGAAAUGUACAUGCAGAAAAUUACUUUUUGAUUAAAGUUUACUGAAACGGACAGUUAGUAUUUGAAUUGUGCAUGGUGUUAAUUAAAUCAUUCCAAAAAUUAUUAUAGGUGUUAUAUGGAAGAAAGAUAUGAAAAUUUACAAAUGAUCUUUUGGACCUUUUUAAGUUUUGAGAAAUGGUUAAAUGAAUCAAUUUUGUUUUGAAGUGAAAUUGACUUUUGUCUGAUUAUCUUACCGAAAAUGCAUGUCUGAAUGUUUACACUCGUGAUCACCAGAUUCACUUCAAUAGGCUUGUCUUGCCAUAGAUAAGUUUAUCAGAACAAUGCCUGCCACAAGUCAAACAGGGGAAAAACUAUGAAUUUCAGGCGAACUAAGCUUUAAAAGUUUGCAGAAUUGUGUGCAGAAUUUUAAGAAAAUGACUGCAGAAUUUUUAUUUUUUGGUCGCAGAAUACAGCGGGGAUGGUUCUACAACCAAUGUAGAUUGAGAUUUGCGCAUGUGCUGUAGGACACUUUGCUUAUUACCUAUAACAAAGACUGUUGUGUAUAGCAGUAUGUAGUCUCACCCAGGGUUGGGGAUAGGUGGGCCAGUGAUCAAUGUCAGCUCAAUCAGCUACCAGGAUCCUCUUCUAAGCAAUAGUUUCAAUCCCAGAUUCCUGCAGAAUAUGGUCCUGGGUGUUUCAAUGUCAGUACCAUAUGCCUGUUUGUACCAUUCACAGAAGUGGCAACUAGAUUCCUACUUGUACCUUUCACAGAAGUGGUACAUAAGUUUACUUUAGCAUGUUUAGGCUAUCUUCACACUUUAAGCUGGCAUGCCAUGGUAUAACUGAAAUAAUGUUCAAAGAUGUGUUAAGCCCAAUUCACCCAUAGUCUGUUUGGUGAUGAAUAAACUUUGUCCUAUUGAGGAAAAAGUCCAUUUCAAAUGUAUAUUCAUCAGGCUAAAAGCAUAUUAACCAUUUUCUUGUUCUGUCAAUUUGAUUCACACUGCUCUUUGUUGAAUGUCGACUGAUAUAUACUGAUGGAAACAAAUAAGGGAACAAUGAAAAAUAUAGGGAAAUAAGCUUUCAUGUCAAUACGUUUGAAAUAGCACGUACUUCAACAUGUCGGAACCAAAUGUUGAGACGUGUUUGUGUGCAUUGUUUCCGGCGUGUAUUUGGUAGACAAGCCUGUUAACCUAUGACAGCACAUCAUUUUACUGAGUCCAAAACUAAGUGUGCCCUUGUUCAUUUCCAUCAGUAUAUGUGUAUGCAUAGUGUUUCCAACUCAUCUCCACUGCAUCCCUUGAUGAGAUGGUAGUGUGGAUCAAUAGUCAGAAAUGUGUAUUUUCAGAAAAGGCUGACCAUCACUGAAAUGUCCAAUCAGUGGUACUUGUUGACUGGUACAUCUUUGAACAAUUCUCCAUACACAAUAUAUGAUAUCUAUACUUAUAUUCUAAAGAAACAGGUCUAAUAUUUUGUUUGUUGAUUUUUAUUAUUUUGUUGUGUUUAUUUGUAGAGAUACAAUUAUCAUGACAAUGAUGUUGUUUAUGAACAUCACAUUUAACCACAUCUGUAUCUAUACAUACAGACAGGCUCAUUCGAAUAUUAACAGUAUGAUAUAUAUGACACAUUGUUAUUCUUGAAAGCUGUUUUAACCAGAUAUCAUAUGUCAAACUGCCAGCAGUCUUUGACCGUAUUGUUGAGGAUCAUAUUUAUCCCAUGAUGCAUCAGUGAUAUGAAUUCGGACUAUACACUUACUGUAUUUUCUUGAGUAUAGUGCGCACUUUAAAAAACAACAAAACAGCUGUGUAGAACGGAGUGCGCAUUAUACACGCCAUAAUGAGCAGUCUUUGACCGUAUUGUUGAGGAUCAUAUUUAUCCCAUGAUGCAUCAGUGAUAUGAAUUCGGACUAUACACUUACUGUAUUUUCUUGAGUAUAGUGCGCACUUUAAAAAACAACAAAACAGCUGUGUAGAACGGAGUGCGCAUUAUACACGCCAUAAUGAGCAGUCUUUGACCGUAUUGUUGAGGAUCAUAUUUAUCCCAUGAUGCAUCAGUGAUAUGAAUUCGGACUAUACACUUACUGUAUUUUCUUGAGUAUAGUGCGCACUUUAAAAAACAACAAAACAGCUGUGUAGAACGGAGUGCGCAUUAUACACGCCAU